AUGCAGCUGAUCGAUCAUCACAGAUCAGCACAUGGCAUAUGGAGGAUGAAGGUCGAGGGUGUGGUGAAGAGGAAGCUGCCGGGGGGUGGAGGGGGUAGUGAGGGAGUGGAGGCCAAGUGCAUUUGGUUAUUGAAUGGAAGAGCCACCCCCACGGUGUCGCCCCCUCCGUCCGUCACGUCCCCCAUGAGCUCUGAGGACGAUGAGGACCAAGAGGGGUUCUUUGAGGACCCUCUGCUGCCGCUGCCCACGGAGAACACCCCCACCACCACAGGAGGCGACUCCCGACAGCCCAUCUACCAGGGCCUCAACGACAAGCUCAUCCCGGUCUACUGCUCCGUCCUGGCAGCGGGGGUCGGGGGGCUGGUGGCCUUCAUCAUCUUUAAAAGGUGGAAUAACUGCAAACAAAACAAACAAGGAGCCAACAACUGCUCAGCAAACACCAACCAGACGCCAUCACCAGAGGGAGAGAAGCUGCACAGCGACAGCGGCAUCUCAGUGGACAGUCAGAGUCUGCAGGAGCAGGGCCAGACACAGACACACACAGUUCUGACGAUGGACGAGGAGCCCUGCCUCCUGCUGCCCCUUCACACCAGGGAGAAGGUGGAGCAGCUGCUGUUCACUCGGGACGGGGACAACAUGGAGGACAGCGACUGGUCCAACCUGGCCGCUCUGCUGGGCUACGAGGACGAGCGCAUCGCCACCUUCAGGCAGGAGGAGCAUCCGGUCCGGGCGCUGCUGUACGACUGGGCCUGCAAGGACAGCGCCAGCAUCGAGGCCCUGUGCACCGCGCUGCGAAAGAUCCACCGAGACGACAUCGCCCAGAGUCUGGUCCUGGGUCCGAACGCCACGAAACCCACGGCCACCUCUGUCGUCUGA